GAGGAGAGCUCGCAGUUGUCUUUGCUCUGUCGGUCCGAGGGGGGCGGAUAGCUGAGAAUACACGGCGUGCUUGUCCUUGAGACAUGACUGCCCGAGGGUUUCCCAUCUAUAUUCCCGGGACAGUCAAAUACUUUAACGCGUCGGUUUGACAAGAUGUUGGGUGUUUUUGUCAAGGCAGCGCUGCGGCCUGGCAUGGUGAAGCCUUGUCGCCUGGUCAGACCAGUAAUCCAGAUCCCAGAGAGGUCUCUGGUGCACCAGGAGGGUUUACCUAAGCUGCCUGUGCCGGCCUUGAAGCAGACAUGUGAACGAUACCUGGCUGCUCUGGAGCCCAUCGUCAGCGAGGAAGAGCUGGACCACACCCGGCAGCUGGUGAAGGACUUCCUGGAGAGUGGUGUUGGGGAGCGUCUGCAGAAAAGCCUGGAUCGAAGGGCACGCAAGGCAGACAACUGGCUGUCAGAAUGGUGGAUGCAAUCAGCCUAUCUAGACUGCCGUAUGCCGGUGGCGGUCUACACCAGCCCCGGGGUCGUCCUGCCACGCAUGCACUUCCACGAUCGACAAGGACAGAUGAGGUUUGCAGCCAAACUGAUAGCAGGAGUUUUGAGUUUCAAAAAAAUGAUUGACACUGAUACCCUGCCGGUGGAGUACCUGAGUGGAAAGCCGCUGUGUAUGGACCAGUAUUACCGGAUCCUGUCCUCCUGUCGUAUCCCUGGUCCAAAGAGAGAUACUGUUGUGAAUCACGCCAUGGGGAAAACCCAGCUCACUCAUAUCACUGUAGUCCACAACUUCCAGUUCUUUGUCUUAGAUGUGUACCACAGCGAUGGCACCCCACUGACGGUAGACCAGAUUUACAUGCAGUUGGAGAAGAUCUGGAACUCCUCUUUGCAGACUAACAAGGAGCCUAUUGGCAUCCUCACAUCACAGCACCGCAACACCUGGGGAAAAGCCUACAACAAUCUGAUAAAGGAUAAGACAAAUAAGGAGUCAGUCCGUGCCAUCCAGAAAAGUAUCUUCACAGUGUGUCUGGAUGCCCCGAUGCCGCGGGUGUCAGACGAUCUGUAUCAGAGCCGUGUGGCUGCACAGAUGCUGCAUGGAGGAGGAGCUCGCUGGAAUAGUGGCAACCGCUGGUUUGACAAGACAAUACAGUUCAUUGUCGGUGAAGAUGGCACAUGCGGACUAGUGUAUGAACACGCACCAGCUGAGGGUCCACCCAUUGUGUUCCUCAUCGAUUUCGUAGUUAAAUACAUGCAGAAAAAUGAAAUUGUUCGCACUCCCAUGGUUCCCCUGGCCAUGCCUCUGAAACUGCGUUUUAACAUCACACCAGAGGUCAAGAGAGACAUUGAGAAAGCCAAACAAAAUAUGAACAUAAUGGUGCAUGACUUAGAUGUGAAGGUGCUUAUGUUUUCUCAUUUUGGAAAAAAUGUGCCAAAGCAACAUAAGCUGAGCCCAGAUGCCUUUGUGCAAAUGGCUUUCCAACUGGCCUACUUCAGGAUGUAUAAUAUUUGCUGCUCAGCCUAUGAGAGCGCAUCGUUACGAAUGUUCAAAUAUGGCCGAACAGAUGCAAUCCGUGUAACUACUGCUGACUCGUUUAAAUUCGUCCAGGCAAUGCAGGACCCAGCUAAACAGAACACAGAGAGGCUGGCGCUGCUGCAGGAGGCCGUUCAGACACAUAAGGAGAACACGUACAAUGCAAUUCAUGGGCAAGGCAUAGACAGACACCUUCUCGGGCUAAGGAUGUUGAGUAUUGAAGACUUGACUUCCAUGCCUGAGAUAUUCAUGGAUACUUCUUUUGCUGUGGCGCAUCAUUAUCAUCUCUCCACCAGCCAGGUUGGCUCCAAGACAGACUGUGUGAUGUGCUUUGGUCCAAUGGUGCCAGAUGGCUAUGGAGUGUGUUACAAUCCCAUGGAUGAGCACAUCAACAUCGCCAUCACGGCCUUCAACAGCUGUGACGAGACAAACGCUGCCAAGUUCGCCCAGACUGUGGAAGAUGCUCUGUUGGACAUGAGAGCUCUCCUGGAAGACACAGCUACAGCCAAGCAGUGA